AUGACAGACGAAACGAGUCCACAAGUGAGCAAGCCAGCAACGCAAGAGACGGCGAAACCAAAAGCGACUCCUGAAUUGAAGACGGCCAAGCCGAAAGAAGCUACCAAAGAGACGGCGAAACCAAAAGAAACAGCGAAGAUUCAGCAACCAACUGACAAGCCCAAGCAAGUGGUAGAUCCGACUAUUGACCUCGUGGAUCGUCUCGUCAGAGUGUUUGAUGACGCAAGGGACAAGGCAGAAGUUCUUCAAGAGGCAACAGCGAGGCUGGAUGUGGUCAAAGAUCUGAUCACUGGAACGGCAGGAAAAGACAUGGCUGAAGCCGAUAAGGAGCGUGAGAUUGCAAAACUGGUGGAUGCUGCAUUUCAAGACAGCGACAGACUCCGCAAGAGCUGGAGAAUCGUCAUCGAACACCCUGGACUCAAGGGGGUGGAAGACGGCGUGACACCUCAGAUGUCCAUGGAAAUGGACACAAGACAAACAAAAGGUUGA